AUGCGGUUCAGAGCCGACUCUGGAGCUGGCCUUCAGUCUGGUGACUGUCAUCGCAAAUGCCGUUCUCCUCCCGCGGAAAACAACUCAAGUAAAAAUUUACAAAACAAAACUUCACUGAGACAAUUCCAUCUGGAGAUCUUUUUGAUUUCUGAAACAGAGCUGCUUGCAGUUUUUAUUGGGAUUUUACUAAUGUACCUGCUGGCUGUGACUGGGAACCUGAUUAUUGUCACACUUGUAUGUUCGGUGUCCCAGCUACACAAGCCAAUGUAUUUCUUCUUGUGCAAUUUGUCAGCCCAAGACAUUAUUUAUGUAUCUGCUUUCUUGCCAAAACUGUUGGCCAUCCUCAUAACAGGUGACACGAGCAUUUCUUUCUUAGGAUGUAUUACACAAAUAUUUAUGUUUGGAUUUUGUAUUGAUUCUGAAUUUUUCCUGUUGAGCUGUAUGGCUUAUGACCGCUAUGUGGCUAUUUGUAUACCUCUCCGCUAUUCUCUCAUCAUGAACAAAAAAUAUUGUGCUCUGCUGAUCACUCUUUCCUGGUGCGGUGGCUUCCUAAACUCAUUAUUCUUUGCAAUAAUGUUUUCAAAUUUAUCAUACUGCAAUAAACAUGAAAUCAACAAUAUCUACUGUGAUCCAAUCAUAUUAUUGGGACUCUCCUGCAGUGACAUCACCUUUAUAGUCACUUAUUAUAUUCCUAUACAAGGUCUGUUAUUAGGUUGGUUGCCCUUUGUUCUUAUAUUUUCCUCCUAUAUCCGUAUCAUAAUGACCAUUCUACAAAUCAGAACAUCUGUAGGAAGACACAAGACCUUCUCCAGCUGUUCCUCACAUCUUACUGUCGUUAUACUUUUUUUUGGAACAAGUUUGGUGGUGAAUAUGAAACCAAAGUCUGACAAUUCAUUGGAAUCUGAUAAAUUGCUUUCCAUGCUUUACAUUGGUUUGGUACCUCUAGUAAAUCCAUUAGUAUACAGUUUAAGAAAUAAAGAUGUUUUGAAAGCCAUGAAACUUUUUUCAAAAAAUAUUUGUUACAUUUAA